AUGGACAUUUUCAUCAACAUGGACCAGUCUGGGCAAAAGGAAAAUGGACAUAGAGACAAACCAAGACACGCCAAUCUGUGCCAGAAGACUCCAUGUCGCUAUUGUGCACAUGUAGGCUUCAGCAUGAGAACUUGUGGAGCUGCAUGCAGUCAGGUGACAGCACAGCAACUCACAGCCAUUCCUAUUGGUCCAGUUGGAACAGGCCCUCCUGGUAAGAAAUCCGGAGUUCAUUUAUUGGUGGAAAUUAGAGAGACUGGGGCUGGUUCAUUGGUUCAAUUAUGCUGCUUCUGGUCUGAUUGGUGUCAGUUUCUGAGCCAGAGGUAUCCAUGGAGAAUAGUGAGAGCCACUCCUGUACCUGAGAGAGUCCCUCCUCAUGGGGGUCCCACUGGUUCCAGUAUCAGCAUGUCUGAGGGUGGGAGUGUGUCUCCACUGCAGACUGUGAUGGUGCAGUGUGGAGAGCACAAGCUGCUGGUCAAAGCCCAGUUGGAUUUAUUUGGAACCAGGCACCUGAUUAAAGCUGCUGACCUGACCCUGGGGACAGCAGGUUGUCGGCCGACCAGGAUCUACCCUGAGAACCACACUGUUCUGUUUGACUAUGGGCUGCAUGAGUGUGGCAGCAGAUUGGAGAUGUCUGGAGAUUUCCUGAAAUACACCACCCACCUGACCCACAUCCCAAACUAUCCUGGGUCUGUCAUUGUGAGAACCAAUGGGGCUGUCAUUCCCAUUGAGUGUCGUUAUUUCAGGAAGGGCAAUGUGAGCAGUAACCCCAUCAAGCCCACUUGGAUCCCAUUCAGCUCCACCAGGUCUGGAGAAGGGCAUCUGUCAUUCUCCCUGCGUCUAAUGAAUGGUGACUGGCUUACAGAGCGCACUUCCACUGUCUACUCCCUGGGAGACCUCAUUCACGUUGAGGCGUCUGUUUCAAUGGACAAUCACAUGCCCCUGAAGCUGUACAUUGACCGCUGUGUAGCUACACUGAGCCCAGGCAAGGACUCCAGCCCCAGAUACAGCAUCAUUGACUACAAUGGUUGCCUUGUUGACAGCAAAGUUGAGGACUCCUUUUCGACCUUUGUGUUGCCGGGAGACCAGCGGGAGCCGGACAAGAUCAGGUUUGACCUGGAUGCCUUCCGCUUCUAUGGAGAUGAGCGUUCCUUGAUUUUCAUCACCUGUCACCUGAAAGUUGCUGCAGUGGAUCAGGGAGAUUCCAGGAACAAAGCUUGUACUUUCCAGAAGCAGCACAAGAUGUGAGUGUCCCCCACUCCCUGUCCCUUAGUGGUGCUGGGGAGAGGUGAUGCACCAUGUGGUUGAUGGGCUUUUUCUCCUGUUUAGCUGGACCCCACUGGAGGAAUCAACCAGUGACAUUUGUGCCUGUUGCCAUGUGGGGAACUGUGGUAGCACAAGGGAGAUCAUCUAUGCCUCCAGAGGAAGGAGAGACCUUGGGCCUGAAGCUGGUAGGUCAAUGACCCACUUUCCUGGGACUAUACCCUCUCUCCCUUACCUU